AUGGGCUGUCGGAGAAGUAAAGUUAGAGAAGUGAGCUGUUGGAGAAACAGGCUGUUAGAGAAAUAUAUUGUGAGGGAACUGGGCUGUGGUAAAAUAGCUGUCAGUGAAAUAGAUGUUAGAAAA